CAAAAAUGGCCGUGCUCCGAGCACUGGUGCUCACCGUUUGCCUCCUGUGUGUCUACGCCCCCGCCCCCUCCUCCUCCUCGGCUUCCUCCGGCUACUUCCUCCGCUGCCUCUCGGCCAGCAUUCCGAGCGAGCUCGUCUUCACGCAGAGCUCGGCUUCCUUCACCUCCGUCCUGGCGUCGUCCAUCAGGAACCGGUUCUCCACCCCCGGGACGGUGCGCCCGCUCGGCAUCGUCACGCCCACCAACGCCUCCCACGUCCAGGCCGCCGUGCUCUGCGGCCGCCGCCACGGCAUACGCGUCCGGGUGCGCAGCGGAGGGCACGACUACGAGGGCCUGUCGUACCGGUCCGAGCGCCCCGAGGCGUUCGCCGUGGUCGACCUCGCCAACCUCCGCUCCGUGCGCGUGAACCGGGCCAGGGCCACCGCGUGGGUGGACUCCGGCGCGACGGUCGGCGAGCUGUACCACGCCGUCGCGAAGGCGAGCGGCGACCGGCUGGCCUUCCCGGCCGGCCUGUGCCCGACCAUCGGCGUGGGGGGCCACUUCAGCGGCGGCGGGUUCGGCCUGCUGCAGCGCAAGUACGGCAUCGCCGUCGACCACGUCAUCGACGCCGUGCUGGUCGACGCCCAGGGGAGGCUCCUGGACAAGAAGGCCAUGGGGCGCGAGGUCUUCUGGGCCAUCCGCGGCGGCGGGGGCGAGAGCUUCGGCAUCGUGCUGUCGUGGCGGGUGAGGCUCGUUUCCGUGCCACCGAAGGUCGCGGCGUUCAUCGUCCCGGUGUCCGUCAACGACGGCGCCGUCGAUGUCCUGACCAAGUGGCAGGAGGUCGCGGCCCUCCCCGACGACCUGUUCAUCAGGGUGAUGGUCAUGAACGGGGUGGCCAUCUUCCAGUCCCUGUACCUCGGCACGUGCGACGCGCUCCUCCCGGUGAUGCGCGGCCGCUUCCCGGAGCUCGGGAUGAACCGCUCGCACUGUCGGGAGAUGAGCUGGGCCGAGUCCGUGCUCUACGUCUACGUGGGCAGCGGCCAGCCCAUCCCCGUGACGGACCUGCUGAACCGGACCUUCCCCAUGGACAGCUCCAACAAGGCGACGUCCGACUACGUGCGGCAGCCCAUCGGCAGGGACGUGUGGGCGGAGAUCUUCGCCUGGCUCGCCAGGCCGGACCCCGGGAUCAUGAUCCUGGACCCCUACGGCGCGCAGAUCAGCGCCGUGCCGGAGUCGGCCACGCCGUACCCGCACCGCGGCGGCGUGCUGUACAACAUCCAGUACAUGAACUUCUGGUCCGCCGGCAACGACGGGGAGCCGAACGUGAGGUGGAUCAGGGACCUGUACGCGUUCAUGGCGCCGCACGUGAGCAAGAACCCGAGGGAGGCCUACUUCAACUACAGGGACCUCGACCUGGGGAGGAACGUCGUCGUGGGAAACGUCAGCAGCUACGAGGCAGGCAAGGUCUGGGGCGAGAAGUACUUCAAGGGAAACUACAAGAGGCUCGCUCUGGCCAAGGGCAAGAUCGACCCUGACGACUACUUCAGGAACGAGCAGAGCAUCCCGCCACUUGUGCGGAGAAGCUAG